AUGCGGCUCAUACCAGCGUCUCUCUGUCAAUUUCUGACAACGGGCAAUUCCUGCUUUGGCUUCAAAGAAUGGCUGAUCCAGCCGCUGAGACCUCUGCCCACCCUGUUCAUCAUCCAUGCUUUCAUGCCCUGGCCAAGGAGCAACGAUUACAGCGUGGUAGUGCUCGGCUCCGCGGCGGUGGGCAGGCUCAUGCAGAAGUGGGUGCGCGGCAAGCCUGGUGAGGCGUAUCUGCCGACUGUGGAAGAGUACCGCCAGGCACCGGGCUGCAACCAUGGCGUGGGCGCGCUGCACACCACCACCAGCGGCCCCUGCCAGCCAGGCCUGCAGCAUGUCACCUUUGCCAGGGUCGCCUUCAGACUGGUCUACUCAGUCUUCAAGAAACAAACCCUGGCGGAGUCGAAGUCCUUCUGUGAACUGAUCUGCUGCGAUAUCAAAGGCAACGACCUGCAGAAGUGCCCCAUCAUGCUGGUGGGUAACAAAUGCGGUGAGAGCAGCUGUGAGCUGACCGUAUGGGAUGACACUGCCUCUGACUUGGAGUGGAAUUGUGCCAGCGUGGAGACCUCCACCAAGAUGAAUAACAAGGUGCAGGAGCUGUUUCACAUGCUGCUGAACCAUGAGAAGCCCGCCACCUGCCUCCAGCCUCCCCAAAAGAAAUCUCAGAUGCUCAAGACCACUGAUCAGCUUCUUGGCAUCACGUGA